CAAUCGCGGAGCAGCGCAAGUUCCACCGGGUUUUGGUGGUUCAGGUUCUCUGUUACAAACCGAGCGCCGAUUUAUUGAUAAGUCUUUUCCUAAUUAUCAGCAAUCCUUUACCCUGCUAGGGAUAGAAAGAGUCUCUACGAAAUGUCACUACGCUGUGGGGGCGCCGCCUGCACCAUGGGGCGUCGGGCAUUUGGAAGAUACUUAUGCAGCCCAGUCAGAGCAGUAAGUUCCUUGCCAGAUAAAAAAAAGGAAUUUUUACAAAAUGGACCAGACCUUCAAGAAUUUCUAUCUGGUGAUCUUGCAGACAAAAGCACCUGGGAUGAAUAUAAAGGAAACUUAAAACGCCAGAAAGGAGAAAGAUUAAGGUUACCUCCAUGGCUAAAAACUGAGAUUCCCACCGGGAAAAAUUACAAUAAACUGAAAAAUACAUUGCGGAAUUUAAAUCUCCACACAGUGUGUGAGGAAGCUCGAUGUCCCAAUAUUGGAGAGUGUUGGGGAGGUGGAGAAUAUGCCACUGCCACAGCCACAAUCAUGUUGAUGGGUGACACAUGUACAAGAGGUUGCAGAUUUUGUUCUGUUAAGACUGCAAGAAAUCCACCUCCACUGGAUGCCAGUGAGCCCUACAACACUGCAAAGGCAAUUGCAGAGUGGGGUCUGGAUUAUGUUGUCCUGACAUCCGUCGAUCGAGAUGAUAUGCCUGAUGGAGGAGCUGAACACUUUGCAAAGACCGUAUCAUAUUUAAAGGAAAGGAAUCCAAAAAUUCUUGUGGAAUGUCUCACCCCUGACUUCCGAGGAGAUCUUAAAGCAAUAGAAAAAGUUGCUCUGUCAGGAUUAGAUGUGUAUGCACAUAAUGUAGAAACGGUUCCAGAAUUACAGAGGAAAGUUCGUGAUCCCCGGGCCAAUUUCAACCAGUCUCUACGCGUACUGAAAUACGCCAAGGAGGUUCAGCCCAAUACUAUUUCUAAAACAUCUAUAAUGUUGGGUUUAGGUGAGAAUGAUGAGCAAAUAUAUGCAACAAUGAAAGCCCUUCGAGAGGCAGAUGUAGACUGUUUGACUUUAGGACAAUAUAUGCAGCCCACAAAGCGCCACCUUAAGGUUGAAGAAUACAUUACUCCUGAAAAGUUCAAAUACUGGGAAAAAGUAGGAAAUGAACUUGGGUUCCAUUAUACUGCAAGUGGCCCUCUGGUGCGUUCUUCAUAUAAAGCAGGUGAAUUUUUCCUGAAAAAUCUGGUGGCUAAAAGAAAAACAAAAGCCCUCUAAAAUUUAACAAGACCUUCAAGAUCACAGGAAUUUUAAAUACUUGAUUCAAGUUGGUGAUAGUGGUGGUACCAGAAUGGGUAGACUUCAGCGGACAUACCCCAGUCUUUUUGUUUUAAGGAAAAUGUCAAUAAGCUAUGCCUAUUUAUUUAGUGAUUCACUUGUCAUUUAGCAUGUCUUAUUUAUCCCAAUAAACAAUUUAUUGAUGUGAUAUAGUCAUAAAAUAUACUUGUAAGAGUUUACUGUUAACAGUAUAAUUUAAAAACACAUUAAAAAUUUCCAGAAAAU